CUUGGAGUUGGCGUGAAAUCGCCGCGGAGAUCGAGAACAAAUUCUCCGGCUUCCCGACUCACCUAACCAAAGCUCCCCGCCAAAGCUCAUCUGAGAGCCUCCACAUUCCAGAUUCUCCAGCCCUCAAAAUGUCGAAACCAGACCCUCUGAGCUGGACGCUCUUGUUCAAAAAGCACCGAACCACCGUGCUUCUCAUGCUGUCGCCUAAUGAAUCCAUCAAAACCGCCAAAGAAGCCCUCCUCAACGCACUCAAGUCCCGAGGACUGACAGAUAUCAACGGCGAAUCCAUCCCGGAAGAUCCCGCUCAAGUUGAAUUCGGUGUGGCAGUUGACAAGAAUGAUUUAGAAAAGGGCUGGACCAUACUCGAAGUUGAAGCUGGGAAGAAGACCGGCUCUGCCAGCCUACAGGCGGCCGACCUUCGAAACGGUCAGCCCAUCGCUUUCAGAUUCCGGGAACGCAGUGAAACUGAGAAGGAUGACCUGGAUAUCGAUAACAAGGAUCCUGGUUGGGAUAUUGUUGUUCCUAGUCUUGACGAUGAGGAGGAAGAGCAAAGCUAAUUGUGACUUCCUUCCCUUCUCUCUACUCUAUUUACGGCGCAAGGUUUAGUGGGAUGCUCAGAUGAGACAUACAUACAUUACGGCGUUCGACAUAGUAUUGCUUUAUUAGGGGGUGUCAGAAGAGCUUGAAUGAUAAUGUGACAUGUUAUGACCCAAAGAAAACAAAGGCAUUAGGUGUGGCGUGGCUAUAUGUUCAUCGCUCCAAUGUAUGAUCCUCUAUCCAUCUUGUUGACCUGGAAGGUUUCAGUAAAUAGGCAUCUCGAGUCCUUCCUUGUCUUGGCCACAACAAGACCGCUGACCUCAUUAAAUGCCUAUCAUCUAUGCACAUGCAAAAGUAAAUAAGUAAUAUCAUGACGUCGGGGACGUGUGGCUUUAUCAAUAGUCUGGUUGAUUGAUGCAUCACAGAAAUUGAUCUGCGUGACUGGAGUAUAAUCUCAUGGCGGUGAGGCGAUCAUGCAAAGGGGGAGGGGCUUGAGAUGAUCAGAAGAUCUCGUCUAAG